ACUCUUGUGAACGUUUGAAUCCAAAAUUCUUAUUCUUUAUCUGUUUUUCUCUCUUUCAUUCUCUUUCUGUUGUGUAUAGAUCCAUUGCUAGUUUAUCUACCUGCUCUGCAAAGCCUUAACCAUGAGGCAAUUCAGUAAUGCACAGACAUCAGAGACUCGCUUUUCUGGCACCAUUUCUUCCACAUCUCUCAGAAACUUUCUUCCCAGAUCAUUCUCUUCCAAGCACAAAACCACUUCAAUCUCUAAAAUCCCAAAUUCAGAUGCAGAGAACACUCCUCCCACCGAUCCCAACAUCUUGAACAACCAUGACCAAUCGUUGCCUUCUACAAUCAAGGAAUCACUCUCAAAAACCUCAACUUCUCACCAAUCGAAAACCCCCUUUGAAUUAGACCCCCCAGUGAAGGUUGUAGUUCGAAUCAGACCUACCAACAACAAUGGAAUAGAGGGAGAUCGAACUGUUAAGAAGGUUUCUUCUGACGCCUUGUGUGUCGGGGAUAGGCAAUUUACCUUUGAUUCAGUUUUUGAUUCGAACACCAGUCAGGAAGAUAUAUUUCGGUCAGUGGGUGUCCCAUUGGUUAAAAAUGCUUUGGAGGGUUACAACACUUCAAUUCUGUCAUAUGGCCAGUCUGGAAGUGGAAAGACUUAUACAAUGUGGGGUCCCCCAAGUGCCAUGUUUGAGGAGCCCUCGCCUCAAAGUCACAAGGGAAUUGUUCCUCGGAUCUUCCAAAUGUUGUUUUCUGAGCUUGAUAGAGAGCAGCAGGCGUCUGAUGGUAAACAAUUCAACUAUCAAUGUCGAUGUUCUUUUCUUGAGAUAUACAAUGAACAAAUUGGGGACUUACUCGAUCCAACCCAGCGCAAUCUUGAGAUGAAAGACGAUUCCAAAAAUGCGUUGUAUAUAGAGAAUCUGACUGAGGAAUAUGUUACUAGCUAUGAUGAUGUGACACAAAUUCUGAUUAAGGGACUUUCAAGCAGAAAAGUUGGAGCAACAAGCUUAAAUUCCAAGAGCUCUAGAUCACAUAUCAUUUUCACUUUUGUCAUUGAAUCUUGGUGCAAGGGAAUAUCAUCAAAGGGUUUCAGUAGUUCAAAAUCUAGCAGAAUUAGCCUUAUCGAUCUUGCUGGACUGGACAGAAACAAAAUUGAGGAUGCAGGCAAGCAAUGUCUAAAGGAAAGCAAAAAUGUAAAGAAGUCCUUAUCUCAGCUCGGGCAUUUAGUGGAUGUCCUGACUAAAGAAUCACUCUCCGGAAAAGCAGAAGAAAUUUCAAACAGGAAUUCCUGUUUAACACAUUUACUGCAAGAAUCACUUGGUGGAAAUGCCAAACUCUCGUUAAUAUGUUCCAUCUCCCCCGAUAACAAGAAUACUGGCGAAACUUUGCGCACACUCAGGUUUGGACAGCGAGUAAGAACCAUUAGAAAUGAACCUGUUAUCAAUGAGAUAAAGGAGGAUGAUGUUAAUGAUUUAAGUGAUCAAAUCCGGCAACUGAAGGAAGAACUUAUUAGAGCAAAGGCUGAGGUUCGUUGCUCCGAUGGGAUUAAAAAUGGAUACUUCCAAGGACGUAACGUACGGGACAGUCUCAAUCAGCUGCGUGUCAGCUUAAACCGCUCUAUACUCCUACCCUGUAUUGACAAAGACACUGAUGAAGAGGUGAAUGUGGACGAGGAAGACAUUAGACAGUUACGCCAGCAGAUUGAUGAAUUGUAUCAUUCAUGUGAAGGGAAUCCUAAAAACAUAUCUGUCAGUGAAGAUAGUGUCCAAUUUUAUUCUGUUGCAGAAAUUUGUGAUGCAGAUAUGACCAGUGGUGAUGAAAUUGAAAUAGAGGAGGAAGGAUGUUUCGAAGACACACUGUGUAAGCCUUGUCCCGAGGAAAGUGAGGGAUCAACUACCAUCUUGUAUACUUCAGCUGAUGACUUUGCAAGUACAGCUAGUGCCUCAAGGUCAAUUAAAUCUACUUUCAGAGAUAGCAUUUCAGUUAGCUCAUGUGGCCGAUCUCCAAUACUUGAGGAACCAACGUUGUCCGAGUCUCCAAAAAUAAAAAAUGUCCAGAGGAAAAGUAUGGCUUAUACAUCAAGUUGUCUGGGAAGUUGGAACAAUGUGGCAGAGGAGAAUUUGAGUUCAAGUAAAGAGGGUGAGAAGAUGCGAUUGUCGCUACGAUCAAGCAAGGUUUUUGCAGGUCCUACAGAAUCCUUGGCCGCAAGCCUUCAAAGGGGAUUGCAGAUAAUUGAUUAUCAUCAGCGAAACUCAACAUUGAACAAAUCUUCAUCUUCCUUCUCUUUUGAUCACUUAACCUUGAGACCUUGUUCAGAAAUAGACAAGGACGAUUCUGGUGAUCAAAUAACGCAACAGAAGAAAUAUUCUGUCGACGAAAGUACUGCCACCUUGCUUUGUGAACCUUGCCGUAAGAGAAUAUGCAAUCAGGAUACUACUGAGGUUCAAGGAAACGUAAAAUCAAGGAUUGAAACUGAAGCAGAAAAUCCAGAUGGACUGACAGAUAAAGUUUCAGAAGAUUCCCAGAGUAUAAUGGAAAAAGCGAUCACAAGAGAAAAGGAGCUAGAGAAUGUUUGCAAGGAGCAAGCUGCUAGAAUUGAAGAACUAAAUCAAUUGGUGGAGAAAUUGAAAGGAGAAAAAGAACUAAAAUCUUCCAUCAUUGUGUAUGAUCCUGAGAGAAACAAACAGACUAGACAUGAAGAUAGUAACUUGUUGAAUGAUGAAGACAGGCUUCCAAGAGGCACUUCAUUAGACAAAUAUUUACCAGAUAUUGUAGAGGAAAAAUGUGAAAUUAAGGAAGUAAAGGAAGUACAGGAACUAGUAACUAAUGGAGACAGCUCUUUUGAUGCAGCUGAGAAGGAAGAACUUCUCAAGGAGAUUCAAAAUCUAAGAAGCAAGCUGCAAAUAUGUAGCGAUGCACCGGUUAGAAAGUCCACCGACAAACUAAGAUCGUCAUUAUCUUUAAUGUCAAGAUCCAUUCAACAACGAAAAAGUGCUGUAUUUUCUCAAGAUAAUAACGGAGAUGAGCUAGAGAAAGAGAGACAGAGAUGGACAGAAAUGGAAAGUGAGUGGAUUUGUUUGACUGAUGAACUAAGAGUUGAUCUCGAGUCCAACCGUCAGCGGGCGGAGAGAGUGGAGAUGGAACUGAGUUUAGAGAAAAAGUGCACUGAAGAGUUAGACGAUGCACUAAAAAGAGCAGUUCUUGGACAUGCCAGAAUGGUGGAACACUAUGCCGACCUGCAAGAAAAAUAUAACGAUUUAGUUGCAAAGCACAAUGCCAUAAUGGAAGGCAUAGCAGAGGUGAAGAGAGCAGCGGCCAAGGCUGGAAAGAAGGGUCGUGCUCGCUUUGCCAAAUCUCUUGCUGCUGAGCUUUCUGCAUUGAGGGUGGAGAGAGAAAGGGAAGCAAAAUUCUUAAAAAAGGAGAACAUGAAUCUCAAGAUUCAACUUAAAGAAACUGCAGAAGCUGUUCAUGCUGCUGGUGAACUACUUGUCAGACUAAGAGAAGCUGAGCAUGCAGCUUCUAUUGCAGAGGAGAAUUCAACAAAGGUGCAACAAGAUAAUGAAAAGCUAAAAAAGCAAAUGGACAAGCUGAAAAGAAAACAUAAGAUGGAGAUGAUUACCAUGAAGCAGUACCUUGCAGAGAGCAAAUUACCAGAGUCCGCACUGCAGCCACUAUUUAGAGAGGAUUCUGAUGUGGUUCAAGACAAUGCAACUUCCCGUGAGGAUCAGGCAUGGAGAGUAGAGUUUGGAGCAAUCUAUCAACAGCACUAUUAAUUCCACAUUUCUUGGAUUAACAAUUGAUGAUGACUUGCUUUGUCUGGCAUCAGAUCCUUCUUGGAUUACUAAGUCUAUUCUUAUAUUUCUUGUACUGUUUUAAAAUUCAUUAUUUUUUCUGUCUGCUUGUACUGACAGUAGGUGAGUAGCAACAUUUGAAUGGUUUAAUUGAUAUGUUUGAAUUA